AUGUCUAUAGUACCAAACGGUCGAGGAGAAUGUUCGGUUUGUGGUAAAGACAAAAUCACAUACGAAUGUAAAGGAUGUGCAAAUGAUUUUUGUUAUAAACAUUUAUCCGAACAUCGUCAAAUCUUUAUUGAACAAUUAGUUGAAGUUGACAGUAAUCGUGAUCAAUGUCGAACUAUUGUUAUUCAACGAAGAGAUGAUUUACCAAAUCAUUUAGUAAUGCAACAAAUUUCUAAAUGGGAAAUUGAUGCAAUUAAACGAAUAAAACAAACAGCUGAAGAUUGUCGAAAUAUAUUUAUGGAACAAGCAACAGCUUGUUUUAAUGAAAUUGAAAUAAAAUUAAAUAAAUUAAAUAAUGAUAUUAUUGUAACUCGAGAAGAAAAUGAAUUUAAUGAAAUUGUUUUAGAAGCUCUUCGAACAAAAUUAAAUAAAAUCGUUGAAGAACUUGCUACUGCACCAAAUGUUACAAUUCGUCAAGAUUCAUCUACAUUUAUUAAUAAAAUUUAUAUUAUUUCAUCAACUGGAGCUGAAAUUUCUGUUCUUGCACAAGCACGAACACCGGCGUCUGCUGUAAGUUACAAUUCGAAAUAUGUUCAAAAUGCAGUUACUAUUGCUGGAGGAAAUGGUCAAGGACGUGGAUUAAAUCAGCUUAUACUUCCUGAAGGUGUAUUUGUUGAUGAAGAUAAUUCAGUAUAUGUUGCUGAUUCUGGUAAUCAUCGAAUUUUAAAAUGGCAAUAUGGAGAUAAAAAUGGUCAAGUUGUUGCUGGUGGGAAUGGUAAAGGAAAUCGAAAUGAUCAAUUAGAUGGACCCAUAUGUGUUGUUGUUGAUAAAAAAAGCAAUUCUCUUAUUAUUUCUGAUUUGGGUAAUCGAAGAGUUGUACGAUGGCCUCGUAUACCAAAUUCUACAGGACAAACUAUUAUACCCGAUAUUAAAUGUUCUAGUUUAGCAAUAGAUAGUAUUGGACAACUUUAUGCUGCUAAUUGGAAAAAACAUGAAGUUCGACGAUGGAAAAUAGGAGAUAAAGAUGGUAUUCUUGUUGCUGGAGGAAACGGACAAGGAAAUAGUUUGAAUCAACUUGAUUGUCCUAGUCAUAUUUUUGUUGAUAGUGAUAAUUCUGUUUAUAUAUCAGAUUAUUCAAAUCAUCGUGUAGUUAAAUGGUUGAAAGGUGGACGAGAAGGUAUUAUUAUUGCUGGUCAAAAAGGUUUAGGAAGUAGUCUUGCACAAUUAUCUCAUCCACAAGGAAUUGCUAUUGAUCAAUUCGAUCAAAUUUAUAUUGCAGACUGUGAUAAUCAUCGUGUAGUACGUUUAAGUAAAGGAGAUACACAAGGAACUAUUAUUGCUGGUGGAAAAGGUCAAGGUGAUCAACCACAACAAUUAAAUACUCCUAUUGGUAUAGCAUUAGAUAGACAAGGUCAUCUUUAUGUUGUUGAUUCAGAAAAUCAUCGAGUACAAAAAUAUCAACUUACAACUAAUUAA